GCACGGAGAUGCGAUUCAGAGUCUGGCGUUCAAUCCGUCGGGCAACCUCCUGGUAACGACGUGCAGGGACCGCAAGAUCCGCCUGUUCGACCCCAGAGCAAGCGCAGAGGCGGUGCGCACCACUGAGGGACAUGGCGGGAUCAAGGGUGCGCGCGUUGUGUGGAUGGGCGAGCGCGACAACAUUGCCACUACCGGGUUCAGUAAGAUGAGCGAUCGCCAGAUUGCGAUCUGGGAAACCGCUGGGUUGACCAAUGUAAAGAUGACGACAAUCGACCAGACGUCUGGCGUCCUUAUGCCCUUCUGGUCUGACAACAACAUUCUGUUCCUUGGUAUGCGCUAUGGUAAUAUCAGAUACUACGAGUACGAGAACGACCAGCUGUAUGGCCUUGCGGAGCACAAGUCGUCCGACCCGCAGCGCGGGAUGUGCUUCCUGCCCCGCCGCGCACUCAACGUUUCCGAGUGCGAAAUCGCACGUGCGUACAAGGUGGCCGGGUCCUCGAUCGAGGCCAUCGCGUUCAUCGUCCCCCGCAAGUCCGACUCCUUCCAGUCGGACAUCUACCCGCCCGCCCCGUCCGCGGAGCCCGCGCUGUCGGCAGGCGAGUUCUUUGGCGGCAAGGCCGCGCCGCCGAACCUCGUCAGCCUCGACACGGGCGCGAUCACGGCUGGGGCGCCGCCCUCCGCGGUGCCGACGCCCUCCGUCUCCUCGCCCACGCUCGCCAAGGCCGCGGCGCCCCGCAUCUCGAUCGACCCGACGCCGUCCCCCGCCGCCAAGCGGCCCGAGCCGAGCCCGAUGCCAAGCUCCCCGCUCGAGCCUCGGACGCCCGCUCGGGCGUACAGCGCCCCUGGAGCCGGAGCCGGAGACGACGCCGACGCGGCGGCGCUCAAGGACGAGAACGCGCGGCUGAACUCGGAGCUGCGCGAGGCGCGGGCACAGAUCCGGAACCUGGAGCUGCAGGUGGAGAGCAUCAAGGCGAACGCGCGCAAGGCGGCGGCGCUGCUCGACAGCUGA